UUAUUUAGGCCAUUAUUUUCACCUAUAUUCUACUGUUAGAAUUUCAUUUUCAGUUUUUCUCUCUUUUCCUAUAUUAAUGUACAUGUGGGUAGUUCACUCUUUUGGGUCCUUGCAUUAUUGACCCUUUUCUGCUGGUUUCUUGUCACUUCAGUGAGUUUCUGUGAGAUUUGGGAUCUGGGUUCUGCUUAGAUUUAGGUAUUUGUGCUGCUUUUAGUACAUUUUUACUGAUACCUGAAUAUAUCCUUUUUUCUGUUUUUCCUAUUUUAGAGAGAGAGAGAGAUUUUUAGAGUGUGAAGAUUCAUGGCUGGAGUUGGAGGAGCUGGUGGUGGAAAGGCAGCGGAGCCGCAGCCACACCCACCAAAGGAGCAGCUUCCAAACGUUUCUUAUUGCAUAACCAGUCCUCCCCCAUGGCCUGAGGCUAUCCUGCUUGGUUUCCAGCACUAUCUUGUGAUGCUCGGGACAACUGUUCUUAUUCCCACUGCCCUUGUUCCCCAAAUGGGAGGUGGAAAUAAGGAGAAGGCCCAAGUGAUCCAGACACUGCUCUUUGUUGCUGGUUUGAACACAUUGCUUCAGAGUUUGUUUGGAACUCGUUUGCCUGCUGUUAUUGGAGGCUCUUAUACCUUUGUCCCGACUACGAUUUCAAUUAUCCUUGCUGGUCGAUUUAGUGAUAAUCUUGACCCUAUUGAGCGAUUCAAGAAGAUCAUGCGUGCAAUACAAGGUGCCCUCAUUGUUGCUUCAACUCUUCAAAUUGUUCUUGGCUUCAGCGGCCUUUGGCGUAAUGUUACCAGGUUCUUAAGUCCACUUUCAGCUGUUCCUUUGGUAGCUCUUGUUGGUUUUGGGCUGUAUGAGCUCGGUUUUCCUGGGGUUGCCAAAUGUGUUGAGAUUGGGCUGCCAGAGCUUAUCAUAUUAGUAUUUGUUUCACAGUAUAUGCCCCAUGUGAUAAAGUCUGGAAGACAUUUAUUUGAUCGUUUUGCUGUAAUAUUCUCAGUGGUAAUUGUAUGGAUUUACGCUCACCUACUUACUGUGGGUGGGGCCUACAAUGGUGCAGCACCUAAGACACAAAAUACUUGUCGUACUGAUCGUGCAGGACUUAUAGAUGCUGCUCCAUGGAUAAGAUUUCCAUAUCCAUUUCAAUGGGGAGCGCCUUCAUUUGAUGCUGGUGAAGCCUUUGCCAUGAUGAUGGCUUCCUUUGUUGCUCUUGUAGAGUCCACUGGCGCAUUUAUUGUGGUGUCAAGGUAUGCAAGUGCGACCCCAAUGCCACCUUCUGUUCUUAGCCGUGGUAUCGGCUGGCAGGGAGUUGCCAUUUUGCUUUCUGGUUUGUUUGGAACUGUGAAUGGAUCCUCAGUUUCUGUAGAGAAUGCUGGCCUUUUGGCCUUAACACGAGUUGGUAGCCGAAGGGUUGUCCAGAUAUCUGCUGGCUUCAUGAUUUUCUUCUCUAUCCUCGGUAAAUUUGGAGCUGUCUUUGCUUCUAUACCAGCACCCAUUGUUGCUGCUUUGUAUUGUCUUUUCUUUGCUUACGUAGGUGUUGGAGGUCUUAGCUUUCUUCAGUUCUGCAACCUCAACAGCUUCCGCACAAAGUUCAUUUUAGGCUUCUCUAUUUUCUUGGGCUUGUCAAUUCCACAAUACUUCAACGAAUAUACUGCAAUUAAAGGCUAUGGUCCUGUUCACACUGGAGCAAGAUGGUUCAACGAUAUCGUAAAUGUUCCUUUCUCAUCAGAAGCAUUUGUUGGGGACUGGGCAUAUUUCCUUGACAACACACUGAACCGGAAAGAUAGUGCAAUCAGGAAAGAUAGGGGUAAGCAUUGGUGGGAUAAGUUCCGGUCGUUCAAGGGUGAUACAAGGAGUGAAGAAUUUUAUUCCCUGCCUCUCAAUCUAAACAAAUACUUCCCAUCUGUGUGAUUUAAUCAGCAUCAGAAUCAUGAGUUGUCUUGUCCAAAUAUGUGUUCUCAAUAGCUCUGCGGAUCACAUUGCAAUGUAAUAUUCUUAUCACGCUAUAUAGCAUUAUAAGAUAGUCUCUUCCUUUAUAGGACGACUUCCUUUAUAGGACGACUCAACAAUUGAUUUUUGUUUUUUUUUUGGUUUGUAAAUCCAACGGGGACAUGGACCUCAAGCAGCAACGGAGAAGUUAUAUUGCCCUGU